UCUUAGGUAAGAUGCCUCGGUAUGAUGACCGAUAUGGUGGAACUCGGCUGUAUGUUGGUCGUUUGCCUUCUCGAACUAGAUCACGUGAUCUUGAGGACCUGUUUAGCCGAUAUGGAAGGUUUCUUGGCUUUUGCCAAACCUGGAGGUCUGUGGUGAGAGGGUCUCAUUGGUGGAUUUGGCGAGUCUUUCUAUAAUGUUAUUGCGUGUUUUAAAUGGAAAUGGCAACAAUCUCAAAGUGGUGUUUAGUGAGGGGCGAAGUAUCAUCAUCCCUUUGAUACAUUGUCAUGAUGGCCUUACUGUUUCUGGACCCGAUUUAUGCAGAGUACGUGAUGUGGAUAUGAAGCGUGACUUUGCCUUUGUUGAGUUUAGUGAUCCACGAGAUGCUGAUGAUGCGAGAUAUGGUUUGAAUGGUCGAGACUUUGAUGGAACACGCCUCAUUGUGGAAGCUGCCAGAGGGGGACCACGUGGUCCUGGUGGAUCGCGUGAGUAUCUUGGUAGAGGUCCUCCUCCUGGAUCAGGGCGCUGCUUCAAUUGUGGAAUUGAUGGCCACUGGGCUCGAGAUUGUAAGGCUGGGGAUUGGAAGAAUAAGUGUUACCGUUGUGGGGAGCGAGGUCACAUUGAAAGAAAUUGUCAGAAUAGUCCAAAGAAACUAAAACGCGGACGGAGUCAAUCACGUUCAAUGAGUCCACGACAUGGCAGGAGUCGAAGCCGCAGUUAUAGCAGGGACCGGAGUUACAGUCGAUCCAGAUCACCUGUUAAGAGGGGAGGACGCAGUGCUGAGAGAAGAUCAAGGAGUCCACGUGAUAGCCGGAGCCCUAAGCAGCUUAGGGGCUCACCUCCUCCAUCCAAAGGAAGGAAGCAGCGUGAUGCCACACCUGAUGAGAGAAGCCCCCAAGUGAGGGGUAGCCCAUCUCCUCGAGAUCGUAGGUCAGACUACAGUGCUAGUCCCAGAGGAGGAAAGAGCCGAAGCCCUGUCAAUGGUGCUGAUGGAGACAAUGGAGAUGGGAGGUACCGAAGUAAUGGCGGCGAAAAUGGCCGCAGCCGCAGCCACAGUCCUACAAAUGUUAGAAGCCGCAGUCGCAGCCGCAGUCCUACUAAUGGCCAAACCCGCAGUCCCACACCAAACCGCAGGGAUGACAGGAGCCCUAUUGAUGAGGAUGAUGAUAACCAUGGUUCUCCAAGGGGUAGUGAAUCAGCUUAAAGCUGCAUAUGAUUAUAUGCUUUUAUUUGUCCACACAAGAGCCUUGAUGUGUUGAGUUAAACUUGCUUCGUUUUUUCCUUGAAUGGGAUGAUUGUAGUUCUUUAACAGUUGAGAUAUUAUCUUAAAGACUUGAGACUAUAUAAACUCCGUUUGUCUGUAGACUUUCAA